AUGGAUGUUGAAGAAGACUUGUUGAUAGUUGACGAGGUCGGCGUCUCUAGUCAACAAGCAGGGCGCGAACAAACUUCCGCCCGGCCCGUGUUUUCAGACCCUGAGAAGGUCUAUUGUAGAGUGGCGGAUCCCGGCCAGGAAAGACUCCGCCGAAGCGAAGGCUCGGGUGGAUAUUCGUAUGCGGACGCGGUUCGGGACCGCGUGGUGAAACAAGUCAAAAGCUUCAAUUAUCUCGGAAGUCUGACUGCCUCAGGUUGUAAAUAUGAUGUGGAUAUCAAAAGAAGGAUAGCUGUGGCGGAAGAGGCAAUUCUGAAAUGA